ACUGUUUUAUUAUUAUUUUUUGAAGAAAAAUUUAUGAUUAAUUUCGGACCGGUUUCGAUUCGGACCACCCUGGAUAAACAUUAGUCUAAGAGCCAGUAGCAGGCAACCUAUAUGUAAUUUAUAAAACCUGAAAUUUUGACCAGUGAGUCUUAGAUACACAUACACUGACUUCAAUCAAAGAGCAACUUAUUCAAAGAUUAUUUGCUCUUUGAAUACAGUCAAUGUAUGUGUAUCUGCAUUAAUUUUUUGUUUUGGAUUUUUUUUUGUGAUAUUUUUGUAUAUGGAUGUUUUAAACUAAGUGUGUUAUAUGUCAAAUGAAAAAGGGAUAUCCACCCCUCUCUAUAUCAUCCGUAUAUUCAUAGAAAUGACAAAGAAAGUCCAGAUUUAAAUUGUCCUGAAGAUGCAAAUAAAUUUUGCGAAACGUCGACAAAUUUAAAACAAAGGACUUCUGUUGAGUUUUUUCGAUCCUAACCCAAUUAAAAAAAACAGUAUAAAUUAUUUUGGAACGACAACGCUAGAAAUUGGAUUUACACUUUAUAUUAAAAUAUCACCUUUAUAUUAAGAAGUGAUGGCAAAUGAAUAAUUUUAGGAACACCCCAAGGAGAAUUAGAACAAAACAUGAGCUCUCUAUAAUAAUUUUGGAAAACAGCGAUUCACCCAAAAGUUCAGAUAUAGUAGGCGACGAAUGCAAAAAGAAUAAACUGUCAGACACAAAAUCAAGCAAGGCAGAUUAUAAAUGUCAGAUUUGCCUGAAAGUUUACACGUCCUUGCGUCUCUUAAAUUUCCAUAGGAAAAAACACAAGUUUGAAAAACAGGAUCCUUCGUACACGUUUGAUAACCUCAAACAGACUUAUCGCUGCAAUACUUGUUUUAAUAAAUUUCAACACAAGCAUGAAAUCAAGGAGCACAUUAAAGUGCACUCUUGUAUGUGUCCAGUAUGUUACGAAUACUUUCCAACAGCAUUGCUGCUAGGUUGGCAUAUGGCGGAGCAUAAUCCGGACGGCUACGUAAGUUGCCCACUCUGUGAUCAUAAGUAUAAGACUUUUUACGGCAAUAUUCUACAAGCACAUAUUAGGAAAACUCACGAAAAACUAGAUGCCCACUACUGCAAACAUUGCGGUUCGUCGUAUUUCAAGAAAAAUCAACUCAUCGAGCACAUAAACGUCGUCCAUUUAAAACGCGAUCCUUACAAAUGCGUUGUUUGUGAUAAGCAGUUUAUAAUGAGUGCCAGCUUGUACAAACAUCAAGUCGAAAAGCAUAAAGUAUUAAUUGAUGGGGAUCUCCCCACAAACUCUUGUCUAGUUUGUAAAACAACUUUCAGAAAAGUAUCUGCUUUGGAAAAACACCUAAAUGAAAAGCAUCGCAAUCCAAAAUUGAAGAAACAGCAGACUUAUGUUUGUGAUACUUGUGGUAAAGGAUUCGGAUAUAGGCAAAGUUUAAAAGUUCACCAGCGAGGCCACGAAGGAAUCAAACCAUUCAAAUGUUCGUUUUGUUCUAAAGUGUUUAAGUUGAAUUCGCAGAGGUUAGUUCACGAAGCAGUCCAUACAAAUAUCAGGCCGUAUUCCUGCGAUCAGUGUGGACUUCGAUUUAAACUAAUGAAAACUUUGAGGGUCCAUUUAAAUACUCACAAAGUAGAAAAAUCUUUUGUGUGUGAGUUCUGCAAGAAAGGGUACAAUAGAGCUGAUCAUUACAAGUUACACCUAAAGAAUUGUAAAAGAAGUCCUAUACAUUGCAAGAAAUAUUUUAAGAAAAGAAGACGCAGAAAAUCAUAUUCCUCUAAAUUACCUGAAUAUCCUUGUACCGAUUGUUCAAACGUAUCUUUAACGCAAAGAACAGCAAAUCUACAUAAACAUCUUCAUAAAGACGAAUCUUUCUAUACCGUUGAUAGAACGAAAAAACUUUUUCUUUGUAUUUACUGUUCAGCUAGGUAUUCUUCUAAGAAAGAAAUCCGAAAUCAUUUUACUAGUCAUUCCAUUACCUGCAAAGAAUGCAGUAUCUCAUUUGACAAUCCGUUUUGCCUUGGAUUACAUAUGGCUCAACACGAUCAAAGUGAACGCGUAUCUUGCCCUCUUUGUGAUUAUAAAGGCACUUUUGCUGUUUCUUUAAGAAAACACAUUUCCAAUAUCCAUUUUGAGGUAUUAAAAGAUACUAAAUAUGAUCAAGAAGAAGAAGAAAAUCACGUGCCUUCAAGAAAGUCAAAAAUAAGCAAAAACGAUAUUGACAGACUUCGAAGGGAGUUAAACACAAAAAGAAAACGAGAACAGAGACUGAAAACUAAAUUAAUAUGUAGCAUUUGUGGAAAGAAAUAUCCUACCAUUAAAGACCUGAGGAAUCAUAGAAAAGUUCACAAGGCCGAACGAAUGGAAUUGCUGUUUGCCUUUAAUCCUUUAAGAAAAGCGUAUUCAUGUGACACAUGUCAUCAAGAGUUUCGAGAAGAACAUGAAAUACAAAGCCACGUUGAAACUCAUACAUAUACUUGUAGUGUAUGUUCUGUUGACUUCAAAAAACCUAUAUUUUUAGGGUUACACAUGGCCGAACAUAACGACAAAGGUGAGAUUAGCUGUCCUUUAUGCGAUCACGAGUUUAAAACGUUGUGCAAAAGUAGGCUAUUGAGGCAUAUUAAACAGAAGCAUCAGAAGGAACGCCCCAAAACAAGUCAAUGUGAGUAUUGUGGGUCGUCAUAUUUAUCAAAGCAGAUGCUAGAAGACCAUAUCAAAGUAAUUCAUUUACAAAAGGAACCGUAUAAGUGUAUCGUGUGCGAACACACGUUUACUUUGAAGUCAAGUAUGAGGAUACAUCAAAUAAACAAGCACAGGGUCGUAGACGAAAGCGAAUUAUCGUCAAACUACUGUACAUUAUGCAAAAUGUCCUUUAAAAAGCCUUCGUCUUUGGCUAAGCAUCUGGAAAUGAAAAGGUGCGUGCCAACACCUAGGUUUCGUUUCUACAAAACCUUCAAUCUGCACCAAAGGGAUCACGCAGGAGACAAGCCAUAUAAAUGUUCCUACUGCCCGAAAUCUUUUGUUAUUAAUUCUAAGAGGCUUGCUCACGAAGUUUCCCACACGGAUGCCAGGCCAUAUUCCUGCGAGACUUGCGGACAGAGUUACAAAACCUGGAAGCAUCUUAGGCGACAUCUAGUCGUUCACAAUUCGAGCGUACUCCCAUUUACGUGUCAUUUUUGUGAUAGAGAAUUUUCGACUAAAGACACCUUAAGAGCACACGUGAGGCUGUGUUCGAAAAAGUACUUAGUUCCUUAUAAUAUUAAUAAUUAAUGACUUAAAUAAUAUAAUUGAAAUUGAAUUUCGAGUCGUAAUUUUCUGAUAUGUUUUGAAAAUUAAGAUAGUCUCGUUUGUCAUUUUACUUCUCACAGGUCCAUUUUUUCAGAACAUUAAUGUUAUUUUUCAUAAGUUUUCAUUUUUCGCAGUGAGUGGUAAAUAAUAUUAGGUACAACCUAAUUUUAUAAUAUAGUUCUGGCCUCAAAGCGCUCCCAGCCCUAACAGGUGUACAAUAAAUUGCUCAUUUUUGAUUUGACAUUUUUAUGCAUAAUCUGUGUAGAUAUGAUUCACCGGUCUUAUUUUCUCUGUAUUAUGUUUAAUCCUACAGUGACUGUUUUAAGUGCUGUUUUUAACAGAUUAAUCAUUAUUUAUUAAUUGUAAAUAAUGUU